AUGGAAACGGGCGCAGAUAAAACGGUGCCCUGUGGAGAUGUGCGGGAUGGAGACGUGCUCCCAAACAAACGGCGACGUGUGGAGGAGACGCCUGCGCAGCCUGCGCACUCGCUGAACAUCAAGGGCUUGGACGGAUCAAGAUUUCAGAUCCAGGUUGAUGAUGGUGCAACCCUGGAAGAUGCAUACAGAUACAUCUCAGAGAAGAUGGGUCUAAAAGCAGGCAGGAAGUUGCUGCUGACUUCAGGUUGCAGCAUGCUCAUUGGUUCUGAACCGCUGCUACCACAGGUGCAGAAUGAGGAAAUUAGUUUCAUCACUCAGCAUAUCAGUAUGGAUGAGGUUGCGAACAGUUUCUGGAGAGCCAUGCAGCCAGAGACCAUGGAUAGGCUCACUGCUGCAGAUUUGAAUGGCAUCAACGCCAUUAUUUCACUGGCCCUCCCUGAUGAACUUGAUCAGAGUUUGGCAGGUGGAGGAGUGUAUUCCACGGCCGUCGGCUAUGCCGCAGGUUUUACGCCGAAUCCCACCUAUGAAGAGGUGGUGACGGGAAGGACCGGCCAUGCAGAGGCAGUGCAAGCAAUCUUCGAUCCAAAGAAGAUCGACCUAAUGGACCUAUUGCGAUGGUUCUGGGAGGCCCAUGACCCCACCCAGUACAUGGGACAAGGAAAUGAUUUUGGCACUCAGUACCGAAGCGGAUUGUACUACUUCGAUGAGGAGCAGAAGAGACUCUUCGAAGAGAGCCGUGACGCAUAUCAGGCGGCGCUGCAUGCCGCGGGCAUCAGAAGAGACAUCACCACCGAGAUUCGAUCUGCUGCGGACUUUCCAGAGGUCUUCUACUAUGCUGAGGACUACCAUCAACAGUACUUGGCGAAGCCUGGUUCACGACCCUACUGUUCGGCACAGCCGCAGCAAGUGUCUCUGCCGCCCUUCGAACAGUGGGCUUCUGCCCAACUACGCCAGAGGUUCAGACCCCGGCUGGGGGAAGAUUUUUGGCAGGAGCACAGUCCCAAGCCUCACAGCGUGGUGCGAGCGCCUCAUGGGCCCAUCGCAUGGCAGAAAGACUUGCGCAGCGAUCUUUGA